AUGCCAUCCAACGAAAAAAUCAAAAAGAAAAAACGCAAUCAAGCCAAUUACUACAUUAAUCUCUCCCCUACCACCACCACAGCAGAAGCCUUCUCUCGCAUCAGCACUACUUUUCCAAUUACAACAACAACGAUCCAAAUGUCCUUGUCACCUCCCUCUCCAAGAACAGGUCGUUCCCGGAGUGAUUCAGUGAGUAGUAAUGCCAGUUCAUCCUCCACUACUACUACGACUGCGACUCCAUCAUUACUCAAUCCAUCAUCGAUUAAUCAUUCAUCAUCAUCGACUGGAAGAAAGAAAAAAUCUUCUCGAUCCGGAUCGACGACGACGACGAGAAAAACAUCUUCUUCUUCUUCGAAUAUCCAUCCUACAAACAGUCAUCAUCAUCAACCAAAUAGAAAUUCAUCUGUGGCCACAGCAUCACAUGAAUUUUCCACUGUGGCAGAAUCCAAAUCGAAAAAUCGAGAAGGUGUUGAUUCGCAACAUUACGAAACCUUUUCGAAUAUGAAAUUUCACAACAUGGAUGAGGUUCAACCCUUACUUGAUCAAGUAGAAAUGGAAAUGAAUCAAUUACGAAUGACACGCACUCAAUUCAAAUUAAGCUGUAAUUUGGUAUUCAACAUUAUGGUCUUUAUUUUGAAUAUGGUGUUUUUAUGUUUAUUGAGUUGUGUGUUGGCCUAUGUCUUGUCACCCAUUUAUGUGAAUCAUGAUAUUCAUGAAUUUCAAGUUGGAGGAGCAAAUUCUGUAGAUUCUUCGAAUGGAAUUAUUCCAUUUUCUGCUGUUUCGAUUGAUGGUAAUGGACAUGUGUAUCAGGGAUUUGGAAUGGGAUUUUCAUAUUCGAGCGUUCAAACGAAUUAUUCUCAAUCAUGGACAGGUCAAUUUCGAACGGUUUCGUUUUAUCCAAAUUUUGAUUCCAUUCUUGUAGUGAGACCAGAAUAUGAUAUGGAAACGAAACGCGUGAUCUUAUCGAGUUGGAUUCUCAAUGGAGGUAAACAACAUGUUCAAUCCAAUUACAAUUUCACAAAUAUGAAAUUUAUUCCAACUUUGAUCGAUCAAGUAUUUAUUCAUUGCAUUCAUCAUGUGGUGACUGCUGAGAUGCAACAAACAGUCACCAUGCUUCAUGUGAAAAAUUCGGAAACGAAUGAAUUAUGUCUCUAUGUAUUGAUUGGACAUGUCGAAAGUCAAACAUCACAUUCCUUUGUAUUGGAUCCAAUUUUAAUUUAUAAUUAUACAUUACCUUCUUUGAAUGCGGAAGUGUGGAGUCAUGAACGAAUUUUGGCAAGUUCUUCGAUGGCCAUUAUUCUUGGAAAUGAUUCUCAAAAAAAACAAGUUGGAAUUGUUUCACAUCGAUUUGAUGAUCAUACCUGUCGAUAUUAUUUAAUGGAUGUACCAGAGACAACUCUUUCAUUUCAUAUUACAACAUCAUCAUCCAAUCAUUCUCAUGAAGUGGAAAUUUCACAACUCACCUUACAAGGAAUUUCAUGUUAUUCAGUCGAUAUAACCACUCUUCACAUGGAAACAGAAUCGACCAGCAAUUCUAUGAAAUUACAGAAACAUCUCAAGUUGAGUAAUGAUGACAAGAAUGACUCAUUACAAACCUUCUCACUUAUUGCUACCGAGUCGAUGGCCAUUUUAUUGAAUGGAAUUGAAAUGGAAUCGACACAACCCAUUCCAACAUGCCGAAAGGGAUAUCAAUUUUCUGAAUUAUCGAAUGGAUAUCGACCUGAUCUUGAUAUUCAAGUUAGAAGUAUAUUGGGAGGAAAAUUUAUUUUUUCAUGUUUGAACGAUCAUGAUGGUUCCGUGUCCAUGCUGUAUGGCCAAAUUAUAUUCAAUAAUCUGAAGAAUAAUUUUGAUAUUGUCACGGGAACGAGUUUUUCAACUGUGAUUCCUGGACGUGUCACUAAUACUUGGCUUGUGCAUUCCACGAAAAAUGUGUUCGAGUCAGGUGUUAGAGAAUAUGAUGUUUUUUUGACAUAUGAAUAUUUGGAGGAAAUGAAAAGUAUGACUACCAUUCAGACAAGAUCUUCAUCAGAACCAUUUCAAACUUUGUCAGAACUACGAUCGUUUUAUACGAUCAAAUGUACCACACCCACACAACGAACGCUCUCUCAUGAUGAAUAUCCAGUGUGUUCGACACCAUUCAAACAUCUCUCCUUUUCGUCACAAACCAUUCAGUAUGAUAUUAGCUCUAUUAGCAAAUUUGGAGUCUUGUUUACAACAUUGAGCUCGUCGAAUUUGUCACCCACCAAAAGAAAUGGAUUGGCGAUGAGUGAACAUCCACAACAAGAACAACAUUCAAAGGACAAUAAGUAUUUCAUACUAUCGACAGAAUUAGCGAAUUGGCAAGGUGGAUACAAAUGGAUUGGAAUUUGCAUUUCUUCAGGAGUUUCAUUUGGAAGUGUCAAAGUUGCUCAAAGAGGUCUUGUCACCUUCUCAAAUAUGCAACAGGAAUUAAUUGAAGGAUCUUCCUAUUAUGCAAAUAUUGAUGGAAGUAUUACUAGGAAAACCACGCCAUGGUAUAUUGGAUAUGCAUUGACGAAAAAACAAUUGUAUAUUGAUUCGAGUUUUGUGAAAUGA